UGUUCCUUAUUCUACGUUAUUGCCUUGAAUUAAUUGCUGCACUGUGCCUGCACAGCUGACUGCUGUUGGAUAACAACAAACAGCUGUUUCCCUUGCAUUUAGGCCGAUUGGACUUAAUUCACGUGGGGUUGAGUUAAUUCGCUCAUUAAACAUUUUACUAACAAUAAAUAACAACAAUAAACAUGAAUAAAAGGCUGAUUAAAAACGUACUGGCGUGCGCGACUGUUGCCACCUGUGCCUAUUACACAGGCAAGUAUGCAGAACGACAGCAGCUGGAGGGAGCUGAUAGUAAAGUGAACAGAGCUGUGCAAGAUCUUGAACGCCGUCCAGGACUGCCCAUAUUCGGUACCGUCUCGGCUGCGGUGCCGGUGCCGGCACAGGAAGUAAAUCUCACUGCCACACCAGGACGCAUUUCACAGAUCAUGAAAUACGGUUUUCCCGGCCUUGAUCAUGUGCGUUCCUAUUCCGAUUUUGUAUUAUCUUAUGAUCGUCGAAAUCGCGUGCCACAUUGGGUAUUCGAACAUCUUACACCUGAGUCGGUAGCUCGUAAUGAAGCUGUAGAUCGUUCAAAAUGUGAAUUCCGCGCGGAUGAGAGCAUACAUCCAUUCUUCCGUGCCCAAAAUACCGAUUAUCGUCGAUCCGGUUAUGAUCGCGGUCAUAUGGCAGCGGCGGGUAAUCAUCGACGUCAUCAGAAGCAUUGUGAGGACACGUUUUUCCUAUCGAAUAUGGCGCCACAAGUUGGCCAAGGUUUCAAUCGUGAUUCGUGGAAUCGUCUUGAGAUGUACGUACGCAAAUUGACGCAGGCAUAUCCAAAUGUGUACAUUUGCACGGGUCCACUAUAUCUGCCACGUAAAGAGGAUGAUGGCAAGACAUAUGUAAAAUAUGAAGUCAUUGGUAACAAUACUGUUGCAGUGCCCACGCAUUUUUAUAAAAUAGUCGUGGGCGAAACGGCUGAUCAACAAUUGGAUAUGGAAGCAUAUGUAAUGCCAAAUCAGGUUAUCAGUGACGAUACACCGUUGCAGGUGUUCCAAGUGCCGCCAGAGACUGUGGAACGCGCAGCUGGUCUUCUGUUCUUCGAUCAGGUGAACCGAAAGCAAUUAAGGCGUAUUAACGGCAAGAAGGCUUAAGCUCACGGGUAGCGGUCCGCCAGGGAGGUGUGCAAUUAUAAAAAAAAAUUGAAGGUUAUGAGAAUAAAAAUGUUAUUAAAUAUGUUAAGUUUAAAACUUUACUACGGGUAAAAAGACAAAUGUAAAUAAAUGUGGUGAUCUCCGAAACAGGUGUCACUUCUACC